GAUCUUAUAUUUGGCAUAUUACUUUAACAUUGAAUAAAUAUCUAUUUGUUUUGAAACAUAUGGUGAGGGACAAUUUGGGGAUUUAGGGAAACAGUUGUGUGGAGGAGGAGGUGAGGAUAUAUAACAAGAUAUGAGUAUUGCAGUAAAUUAAAGGCAAAGAGUAUAGAUGCAGAGCCUACUGGUUUCUCUCCCUCUCCUUCCAUUUAAGACAAGGGUAGUAAGUUGCAGUAGUGAGAGAAAAACAAAGACAUGGUCAUGGGCGGGCGUGUCUCUCUCUCUCUUCGCCUCCGGCUUCUUCCUCGGCCCCUUGAUAGACGGCCUCCAUUCAAGAGUCAAUCUCGUGGUCUACCAAAAUGGAGCCAUCGAUGUCGGCCCUCUUCACACCAACAUAUGGGUGCCUCCUUUACUUGGGGUGUUUUACUGCAGCGUGGGGCUAUUGCAGCUAAUCCUAGACGAGAAGCUCGCUCCUUAUGGUCAAGAGGGUAGCCCUCAAAAAGUAGCUGCUUCCUUAAUAGCAUUGGUGGUGAUGAUAGAAUUGAGUGCUGAAAUGUACAAAAAUGGAGUGGGCGACAACAUUGAAGCAUACAUAUUAUUUGGUGGGGCUGAGCUUAUAUGGGCGUUAUUAGAUAAGACGGCGCUGGGAUUCGCGCUUGCUUGUGUGGUCGGCAUUGCUUGCCCGCUCGCCGAGAUUCCCAUCAUCAAAUUAUGGCAUCUGUGGUACUAUCCUGGAGCAAAUGUUGAGAUUUUUGGGGAGGGGAUAGUAAGUUGGACCAUUGUUUGCUAUUUUGUGUAUACGCCCUUCUUGAUGAGUCUAGCCCGCUGGAUCAAAACUCUAGUUGCUUCUCAACAAGGAUCUUAAGCUCUACCUUUGUUCAUCGAUCAUUAUUCAUCGGAGCUCCAUCACCAUAUGUUGUUAUGAAAUUUAAUAUUUCAAUACGUAUGUGUUUUUAGCUCAUGUUUUCGUAAUUUUUUAUAGGGUUAAUUGCAUAUAAAUUAUUGAAUUUUUAAUAAAUUUUUAUUUUGCA